CGAUGUUCGCAUCGCCGCGCUUUUCCUUCUGAUACCGAUCACAGCGCCCCUUCCAUCGACCCUUUACCACUCACUGCUCCCCCUCACCUUCCCUCCCUCUCCCUCACACGGCAAAGAGGAGCUACCGUAACCCACUAGAGCCCUCACACAGUUCUCCUUCCUACAACCUACGCUUCUGAGAAGCUCCCUUUUCCUCCUCUCGCGUCUGUCAAACGCUCACAAUGACCGAGUCGGCAGAAGCUCCUGCAGGAGUACCCAAGUCGUCCUUUGUCGACACCUUUGAGAGCCAGCCUGGCACGCCCGGCAAUGCCACUGGUCAUCUCUUCCCGUCCAUCAACCGGAUCCGAAAGGAUCUCGGUAGCCAGGCCGGAGGGCCGCUCAAGAAGCUCCUCGUAGCCAACCGAGGUGAAAUCGCUAUUCGAAUCUUUCGAACAGCUCAUGAGCUGGCAAUGACCACGGUCUCCAUCUACAGUUUCGAAGACCGAAUGAGCGCUCACAGAUACAAGGCCGAUGAAGCCUACCAAGUCGGUGCCGGUCUCACACCUGUCCAGGCCUACCUGAACAUCCCAGACAUUAUCCGCAUCGCUCAGGAGCACGGUGUGGACAUGAUCCACCCCGGAUACGGUUUCCUUUCUGAGAACCCAGCCUUUGCCAAGGCCGUCGAAGAUGCCGGCAUCGCCUUCAUCGGCCCCCGCCCUGAGACUAUCGAUGGACUGGGUGACAAGGUGAAAGCUCGUGACCUCGCCCAGAAAGCCAAUGUUCCCAUCGUCCCCGGAACACCGUCGGCCAUCGAGAAGUACACCGAAGCUGCCCAAUUUGUCAAGGACAUUGGGUUCCCAAUUAUCAUCAAGGCUGCCAUGGGAGGAGGAGGUAGAGGUAUGCGAGUCGUGAGGAAAGAAGAGGACUUCGAGGAGUCCUUCUCCCGAGCUAAGUCGGAGGCUCAAAACUCAUUUGGUGACCCGACCGUAUUCAUCGAGCGCUUCUUGGACCGACCCCGACAUAUCGAGGUACAGCUCCUCGCCGACGGAGAGGGCAACUGUGUCCACCUCUUCGAGCGAGACUGCUCUGUGCAGCGUCGUCACCAGAAGGUCGUAGAGGUCGCUCCCGCAUCCAACCUGGACGACAAGGUCAGGCAGUCCAUUCUCACCGAUGCUGUGAAGAUCGCAACGACGGCAGGCUACCGAAAUGCCGGUACCGCCGAGUUCCUCGUGGAUCGACAGGGCCGACACUACUUCAUCGAAAUCAACCCUCGUCUUCAGGUCGAGCACACCAUUACCGAGGAGAUCACAGGUAUCGACAUUGUCGGCGCCCAAAUUCAGAUCGCUGCCGGCGCUACCCUGGAGGACCUGGGUAUCAGCCAGAGCAACAUCCAGAAGCGUGGAUCCGCCAUCCAAUGUCGUAUCACCACUGAGGACCCCGCCAUGAACUUCCAGCCUGACACUGGAAGAAUCGAGGUCUACCGGUCCGCAGGAGGCAAUGGUGUCCGACUGGAUGCCAGCUCUGGUUUCGCCGGUGCUCAGAUCACUCCUCACUACGACUCUCUGCUGGUCAAGGUCACUUGCCGAGGUGCUACGUAUGAAGUCGCCCGAAGGAAGAUGCUGCGAGCCCUCGUGGAGUUCCGUAUUCGAGGAGUCAAGACCAACAUUCCUUUCCUGUUCCGAUUGUUGACCCACGAGGACUUCGCCAACGCUCGAACAUGGACCACCAUGAUUGACGAUACCCCUGAGCUUUUCAACCUAAUCCAGUCCAAGAAUCGAGCCCAGAAGCUGCUCGCCUACCUGGGAGACGUUGCUGUUAAUGGAAGCUCCAUUUCUGGUCAGCAGGGAGACCCUGGACUGCACGAAGAAAUCGACAUGCCUCCCUUCACUGACCCCAAGGACCCGAGCAAGCCACUCGACGCCAGCAAGCCAUGCACAGAGGGCUGGAGGAACAUCAUUGUCAACGAGGGCCCCGAGGCUUUCGCCAAGGCUGUCCGCGCCUACAAGGGCACUCUCAUCAUGGACACCACCUGGCGAGACGCUCACCAGUCGCUCUUUGCGACUCGUCUGCGAACCAUUGACAUGGUCAACAUUGCCAAGGAGACUUCGCACGUGCUCAAGAAUGCAUUCUCUCUCGAGUGCUGGGGAGGUGCCACCUUUGAUGUAGCCAUGCGAUUCCUUUACGAGGACCCAUGGGAGCGACUGCGAAAGCUGCGAAAGCUCGUGCCCAACAUUCCCUUCCAGGCUCUCAUCCGUGGAGCCAAUGCGGUUGGAUACACUUCCUACCCUGAGAACCUCAUCUACGAGUUCAGCAAGAAGGCAGUGGAGAACGGUCUGGACAUCUUCCGUGUCUUUGACUCGCUCAACAACAUCGACUCUCUGAAGCUCGGUAUCGAUGCCGCCAAGAAGGCUGGUGGUGUUGCAGAAGGUACCAUUUGCUACACUGGAGAUGUCGCCAACCCCAAGAAGCACCCCAAGUACACUCUGGAGUACUAUGUUGACCUCACCGACAAGCUCGUUAAGGAGGGCAUCCAUAUCCUGGGUAUCAAGGACAUGGCUGGUCUGCUGAAGCCCGCUGCUGCUAGGAUGCUCGUCGGUGCCAUCCGAAAGAAGUACCCUGAGCUGCCCAUCCACGUGCACUCCCACGACACUGCAGGUAUCGCACUCUCGUCGAUGAUUGCCUGUGCUGAGGCCGGCGCCGACGUUGUCGAUGUCGCCAUCGAUAGCAUGUCCGGACUCACUUCGCAGCCCUCUAUGGGUGCCCUGGUCAGUGCUCUUGAGCAGACUGGUCUGGGUCCCGGCAUCCGUCACGAAGACAUCCAGAACCUUAACCUGUACUGGACCCAGGUGCGACAGCUCUACCAGUGCUUCGAGGCCAACGUCAAGGCUUCCGACUCAUCCGUCUUCGACCACGAGAUGCCCGGUGGACAGUACACCAAUCUGAUGUUCCAGAGUCAGCAACUUGGUCUGGGCUCCCAGUGGAGCGCCAUCAAGUCUGCGUACAUCGAGGCGAACAAGCUCCUGGGCGACAUUACCAAGGUAACUCCCUCGUCGAAGGUCUGUGGUGACUUGGCCCAAUUCAUGGUGGCCAACAAGCUCAAGGGCAAGGAUGUCGAGGCUCGCGCAGACAAGCUGGACUUCCCCGACUCUGUGGUUCAGUACUUCCAGGGAUACCUCGGUUCUCCGCCUGGUGGGUUCCCCAAGGAGCUCCAGCAGAAGAUCCUCCGAGGCAAGGAGGUCGUCGGAGACCAGCCAUGGAAGAGCCUCGAGCCUUGCGACAUUAGCAAGAUCAAGAAGGAUCUCACCAAGAAGUACGGCAAGAGCAUGACCACGACCGACGCCAUCUCGUACGCCCUUUACCCGAAGGUCUUUGAGGACUUCCAGGCCUUCCUGGACCAGUACGGUGACCUGAGCAACCUGCCCACUCGCUUCUUCCUCGGCAAGCUCAACAGCGGUGAAGAGAUGCACGCCUACAUCGACCGAGGCAAGCUGCUCAUCGUCAAGCUCCUCGCCGUCGGCCAGCUCAACGGCGAAAAGGGUACGAGGGAAGUCUUCUUCGAGCUCAAUGCCGAGCCCCGUUCCAUCGAAGUCGAGGACCGCGGAGCGGCCGUCGAGGUGCAAAAGCGCGAAAAGGCCACGAGCGACCCUGGUUCCGUCGGCUCGCCACUGUCUGGUGUGAUCAUCGAGAUUCGUGUCAAGGAAGGGCAGGAGGUAAAGGCAGGAGACCCAAUGUUCAUCUCUUCUGCCAUGAAGAUGGAGCAGACCAUCACUGCCCCCGUUGGCGGACACAUCAGCCGCAUCACCGUCGCGGCCAAUGACUCGGUCUCUGCGGGCGACUUGCUCGCCGAGAUCAAGCACUGAGCGUAGUGAUGUGUGGGUGCCUGUCUACGCGCGAUGAAUAGGAAGCAGUGAAGCGAUAUGGAGAGGAGAGCAUUCGUAUAUAGGAGGAAGCUGGGUAGGAGAUGUGUCUCUGUCAGUCUGUCAGUCAAUCAGUCCAUCGCUGGUGGAGGUAUGCUUCUCAUCUCAGAGGAAGGAAGGAAGGAAGACCCGUCUCUCUUGUCGCAAUCGUUCGAAUUAGAAAGUAAUCCAGAAGGAAACAAUUCAGUAGUAUCAAAUUGCAAAAGAAGUAGAGU